CUUAAUGGUAAGGAACUGCUGCUUCUGCUUCUUCCCCCCGGCCUACCACACUUCUCCUCUCGUUCGGUCUACCAAAGACUACCUCUUUACUUUCUCAUUCACUUCGAAGCUGGCAGAGCCAGCCGAUUUCUUAGACGUUCCCUAGUGGAACAUAAUCCAAUACGUCUUUGAAGAUGUCGAGCUCAAUGAUAUGGCCCACAUAUCCAGACAUACCUAUCUUUCUCGAAACUAGUGAUGAUCGCGGAUUACCGAAGUCGUAUGGAACUACUCCCACCACGCCGACUAUCUCUCUUGCUAUUGAGAAUUCACCAGGGCAACCAGUCCACCUCAGCGUCCCGACGUCAUCGACUCUUCCGGCUCGGGGCUGUUCUGCAGUAUGGCCUAUCCCAGAACCACCGCCAGAGAUCGAAGUGCAGCAGCCUCGCAGGCCUUUACUUCGCUUCUUUCCAUUAGAAAGGCCAAGGGUUUGCUUCAAUGGUGCUCGUGCUUUGCAGUGUUCAGAGAAAACCGAAUUCACCGACUUGGAAUCGGGCACCGCGGACACCCACAACAAGAUCAAUUUCGGUGGUUUGGGCAUCAUGAAUGGUCCAACCAAGCUUCCAUCCACUCAAACACCAUCCCUAGUCGAUGAAAAACCCGAAAGCUCGCCGAACAUUGCGGAACGAAUCGAACAGAGGCUUUGGCGGUAUAGCUUGAACGGAAAUGUAAUCGAAAGAUGGCUGCUCGAGAUUAUUAGCUGGAUAAUAAGUGCCAUAUGCAUGGGCGCUAUUGUUGGUGUCCUCAUAUACCUGAGAAAUCAGCCUUUAUCCAAGUGGCAGCUCAGCAGGAUCGGCCUCACACUAAACGCCUUCGUCUCAGUCCUGUCUAAGGUCGCCUCUGCAGCUCUUCUUCUACCAGUAGCUGAGGCACUAGGGCAACUGAAGUGGAGUUGGUUCCAAGGCCACUCAAAGAAGAUGUGGGACUUUGAAAUAUUCGACAACGCUUCGAGAGGGCCAUGGGGUUCAUUUCUCUUGUUGAUCCGGACGAAAGGCAUGACGCUAGCGGCAUUAGGAGCUUUGGUCACCAUAUUUGCACUGGCGCUAGAUCCUUUUUUCCAGCAGGUGGUCGACUUCCCUGACCGAUGGAAGCUCCAAGGGAAUAGCUCAAUUCCUAGGGUGGUGCGAUAUGACCCCGUUUAUCCAGAAGAGUACAUGAACGGACUGUUGCAAGCACAGCGCGAUGAAAACCUCGAGGCGGUGCUCAAAAACUUCUUCUACGACAAUGGGACCCAACCAAUGCUGUUCGGCAAUGGCACCCGGGCAGAAGUUCCUCUUUCCUGCCCAACUAGCAACUGCACCUGGCCGCCAUACGAAACUCUUGGGGUCUGUAGCCAGUGUGUAAAUGUUUCCCAGCUCCUUACGUUUGAUUGUCUCGAAACGCGGGUGGACUGGACGUCUAAUCUAACUGGUCCCGGAACCGAGUGGACAUACCCAAAUGGAACUGUGUGCGGGUAUUGGCUCAAUUCGACGAGCAAGGAGCCAGUUCUUAUGUCGGGAUAUUUGAAAAACUCGACCAACUCCGGUGAAGAGGAAGCUCUGUUGAUGCGCAUUUUAGCUCUCGUGACCAACCCUAAGAGGCAGACUUUCUAUGGUGGUUCGAUAAACUUCAAGCAUAUUCGCAAUCCGAUAGAAGACUUCAUCAUCGUUGGUGCCGCGAACGAAGCUCCAAGUGUGUACCGUAAUGAGACGCCCAUCGCACACGAAUGCGUGCUUUCGUGGUGUGUUAAAACGAUUCGUUCAUCUUACUGGCAAGCAACGUAUCAGGAAGAAGUGACAGACCUUUACAUGAACGAAACGGAAGGACCUUACCCUUGGACAACUAUACGGAUCGAUAGCCCGCAAGGAAGUGGUACUGAUACCUACUACGCGGAAGAUAUCGUUAUUGACGCGCCCUCAUCAGCCGUGAACACCAUUAGCAUCUUUGACGACAUUUUCCCUUCAUUUACGACCGUUGCAAACUCUUCGUCUGAACCACUGUUAAGGUACAGGACAAGCUUCGUGAACAAAGUCAUGCCGAACGUAAGCGAACACGUGGACAGGAUGGCGACGGCCUUUACCAACGUGAUUCGAGCAGGGUCGAGCAAGGAGAUGAUCUACGGCGACGCAUACGACAAAAAAACGUAUGUGUCGGUACGGUGGGGAUGGCUUUCCCUUCCACUUGGCCUGCUCAUUCUUAGCUUUGUCUUUCUCGUUGCCACAAUCAUCAAGAGUGCAAGGGAAACGGGACAAGUGGGGGUACGGAAGACGUCGGCUAUGGCAACACUACUCUACGUAUCCAAAGGCACGCCGCGAGCAAGGGCGAAGGAACUGAGGGUAAAAUUACUCCCAAAGAAAGGUUGGAGAAUUUCCGGAAAUAUGAUCUCUCCCAUGACACCUAAAGCUCCACGGACCCAACCUCCGCCGGGUUGGCUGUGA